UAUCAUGGCAGCACCGUGGGAACAUUAGAGAUAAGCGAACUUUCGAUUUGUAUUGUAAUGUUUUUGUGAUCUUAUAAGUUUCUAAUAAGAAUUUAAAUUUCCUUAUUGGUUGCAGACUUCAUAUAAAGGUGAAAUGCACAGUUUGUGGUAAAUAUUUGUGAUAGAAAGAAAGUGAUAACACCGGACAUAAACGUCAAUAACAAUGCAGUGACGUUACGCAUUUUUCCGAAAAUUUGCAAUUUCCAAUCUACCUUAUUUUAUUCAUAAAAUGGAUUAUAAAAGUUACGAACUCGUGGUGAAAUGAAUUAAUUAAGUGAUUUUUAGUUACUUGUUUCCGUUAAAAUACAAAAAUGACAACGAAGGAGCUUUACACUAAGGGUGCCCGGGUAUGGGUGGAGCACCCGGAGAAGGUGUGGGAGAGCGGCAAGGUGACCGCGGACUACCGCACCGGGGUUCUGAUAGUGCAGCUGGACCAGAGCGGCGAGAUACGGCAGAUCAAGAUCAAAGACGAGAAGCACAUGCCGCCGCUGCGCAACCCGUCCCUGCUGAUUGGCCAGAACGAUCUCACCUCCCUCUCGUAUCUCCACGAGCCUGCGGUGCUGCACAAUCUUAAAGUCAGAUUCUGCGACCGGAACGCCAUCUACACGUACUGCGGGAUUGUACUAGUUGCAAUAAAUCCUUACUAUGAUCUGCCUAUAUACGGUGAUGAGACCAUCAUGGCGUACAGGGGUCAGUCGAUGGGCGACCUGGACCCCCACAUAUUCGCCGUCUCCGAGGAGGCCUACACUAAACUGGAGCGAGAGAGGCGGGACCAGAGCAUUAUAGUGAGCGGAGAGUCCGGCGCCGGUAAGACUGUGUCAGCUAAAUACGCGAUGAGGUACUUCGCAGCAGUGGGGGGAAAUGCCAGCGAGACGCAGGUGGAAAGGAAGGUCCUCGCUUCCAGCCCUAUCAUGGAGGCAAUAGGCAACGCGAAAACAACGCGCAACGACAACUCGUCGCGUUUCGGCAAGUUCAUAGAGAUCCACUUCGACAACCAGUACCGGAUAUCCGGCGCCAGCAUGCGCACCUACCUGCUGGAGAAGUCGCGCGUGGUGUACCAGAGUAGUGGGGAGAGGAACUACCACAUAUUCUACCAGCUGUGUGCCGCUGCCGCGAGUGCUUUCAUGCCGGAAUUAUAUUUAGAUCAUCAAGACUCGUUCCACUACCUGAAUCAAGGCGGCAGUCCGUACAUAGACGGAGUCGAUGACUUGAAGACGUUCAACGAGACUAGGACGGCGCUCUCUACUUUAGGUGUGACAGAGACAGAGCAAGCAAACAUGUUCACGAUACUAGCGGCCAUAUUGCACCUGGGGAACGUGGAGUUCCUCACCAACGACCCCGAUGCAGGACCCACCGCUGAUAAUGAAGACGGCGCCUAUAUCGAUUCGAGCGACAAGCACGUGGGUCGUUUCUGCUCGCUGCUGGGCAUCUCGGCGGCGGAGCUGCGGCGCUGGCUGACGCACCGGCGCCUGCUGUCGGCGCACGAGGUCAUCGUGUCGCGCCUCGACGUGCCGCGCGCCGCCGCCGCGCGCGACGCGCUCGCCAAGCGACUCUACGGGGAGCUGUUCAGCUGGCUCGUGCACGCCGUCAACAGGGCGCUCGACACCGGACACGCUAAGAAACAUUUCAUAGGUGUCCUGGACAUCUACGGGUUCGAAACUUUCGAGAUAAACUCGUUCGAACAGUUCUGCAUCAACUAUGCCAACGAGAAGCUUCAGCAGCAGUUCAACUCGCACGUCUUCAAAUUGGAACAAGACGAGUAUAUCAAGGAAGAAAUAUCGUGGGAGAUGAUAGAGUUCUACGACAAUCAGCCGUGCAUCGACCUCAUAGAGGAGCGGCUCGGGGUUCUGGCGUUGCUUGACGAGGAGUGCAGGGUCCCACAGGGGUCCGACAUGGGCUUCGUCGCCAAGCUGCACACCAACUGCGCCAAGUACCCCCAUUUUAUGAAACCGAGGUUCGGGAACCAAGCGUUCAUAAUAAAGCACUUCGCCGACAACGUGGAGUACCAGGCGGGCGGUUUCCUGGAGAAGAACCGCGACACAGUCUCCGAGGAGCAGCUGGAGUGCGUCAAGUCGGCCACCAGCUGCCGUCUCAUACACACUAUGUUCGCCGAGAAGGUGGACCAGCACCAGACGGCGACGUUACCACCGCCGUCUAGACGGAGGACCACGCCAUCUGUGCCAGUCUCUAGUCUUACUCAACCGCCGCGCCGCGCGUCGGGUCAGAAGCAGACGGUGGGCGCGCAGUUCCGCGCGUCGCUGUCCGCGCUGAUGGGCACGCUGUCCGCCACCACGCCGCACUACGUGCGCUGCAUCAAACCCAACGACUCCAAGACGCCGUUCCUCUUCGAGCCGGCGCGGGCGGUCAACCAGCUCAGAGCAUGCGGUGUAUUAGAGACCAUCAGAAUAUCAGCCGCGGGCUUCCCAUCCAGGUGGCUGUAUCAAGACUUCUUCCAUCGAUACCGCCUCCUCUGUCUUCACAAGGAAAUAGACCGUACAAAUAUAAAGGCCACAUGCGGCCGCAUUCUCGUCAAACACCUUAAAGAUCCGGAUAAAUACCAGUUCGGAGCCACUAAAAUAUUCUUCAGAGCUGGACAGGUGGCGUACCUGGAGAAGGUCCGCGCCGACAUCCAGCGCGAGUACUGCGUGCGCGUGCAGAGCUGCGUGCGGCGCUUCGUGGCGCGGCGCCGCUACACGCGCCUGUGCGCCGCGCUGCGGGCGCUGCAGGCGCGCGCGCGCGGCUACCUCGCGCGACGCAAAGCGCACGAGAUCCGUCGUCACCGCGCCGCCAUCAAGAUCCAAAGGAACGUGCGCGGCUGGCUGGCGCGCGUCAAGUACCAGCGGCUCAGGAGGCUCGCCAUCGGACUGCAGGCGCAUGCGCGAGGAUACCUCGCCAGGAAACUGUACCAGGAUAGGAGAAAGGUGUUGGCGGUGAUAACCAUCCAGCGAUAUGCGCGCGGUUACCUUGCAAGGCAGAGGGUUAAGAAGAUGAAGAGACACAUUGUCGUGGCGCAGUCAGCGAUACGACGGUUCCUAGCGCGUCGCCAGUACAAGCGCUUACGCAUCGAGGCUAGGAGUUUGGACCACGUGAAGACGCUGAACAAGGGUCUGGAGAACAAGAUCAUCAGCUUGCAGCAGAGGCUCGGAGAUGCGAUGGAGAAGAACAAGACCAUUGAGCCGCUGCUCGCACAGAUUGCGGAGCUGAAAGCCAAACUCGAAGUCCUCAAGCUGGUUGAAAUAGAGUUCAAGACUUUGAAAGUGGACAACACAGACAAGGACAGUCUGAUCAGCGCUCUGCAGGCCGAGCUGACGAGCGAGCGAGACAGCAACAAGAGGCUUAUAGAGGAAAAGAAAGAGAUAGAAAAGCAAUACAAGAAAGACAAAGAUUUAUGGGAAGAGGAAAGUGAGAAGCUCGCCAACGAGUUGAGAAGUAAUAAGGAGCAUUUCGAGUUGGCAAUCGAAGAAAGAGAUAAACAGCAUGAGAUAGAGAAGAACGCGUUGAGCGCAGAACUAGAGGCGGAAAGACAGAGUCGACAGAAGUUAUUGUCCUCACAGUACGAGCUGCAGGAGCGGAUCGACACACUGCAAAGGGCGCCGCCGACCAAAGAACACAGGAGGUCGCUCUCCGAUGCCAGCAAUAACUCGCAGCAAGAAACUACGGUAGAAGAUGACUACGGGUAUGGCUCAGUCAGAUCGGUGGAGACGACGCGGCCCGCACUCGAGGCCGUUAACUGGUCCGCCGGCUCACACAAUGGACCCAUGCCGAUCGCAGAUGCCGGGCUGGUGUUGCGCAUGCAGAACAGAAUAUCAGCUCUACAGAGCGAACUAUCGAGGACCGCGAAGCGAGCCGCGGACUUGGAGGAGAGGCUUAUGAACCGCCUGUCAUCCCCCCCUUCGAACCCAAGCACAGACCGCUUCAAGCUGGAAGAGCUGGAGAUAGAAAACAAGAAGCUGCGCGAACACCUGGACCGGCUGCGCGCCGCGGGAGACUCCACUCAUGUCUCUAAGGAGGUGAUGGAACAAUUAACCAUAAUGCAGAAGGAACUGGACAGGAGGAGGGACGAGUGCGUGCAGCUCAAGAGUGUUCUCUCUAAUCAGAAACCAUGGUUCCAAGCGCUCAAGAACGUUACGGUGAACCUGAAAUCUUUGGCAUCUUCUAACUACGGCUCCGAUGUCGACAUCAUUAACGAAGAUGGUGAGCUGGCUACCGCCUACGAAGCGCAGAAGGGCAUUAAUAGGCAAUUACAAGAGGAGUUAUUAGCCGAGAAGAAAUUCUAUUCGGAUCACAUAUCGAAAGCGAAAUCUGAAAUUGACAGACUUCGAGAGGAGAACGAGAAGUAUCAGAAGUUACUGAGCACGGAUCUUAGCCAGGAGCCGAAGAAUAAGAACCAAGAGUUUGCACAGAAUGAAAUCAUCAGACUGGCGGCGGAAAGCCUGGCUCUUCAGGAGCGUGUCGACAAAUUGUCGGAGAGCUGUCGCCGGUACAAGAACCAGAUCCGAUUGCUCGCAAUGAAAUUGAAGGAAGUCGGCGUCGAUGACGUCAACGAUAUACUGGAAAAUGAUCCCGUGGUGGUGCCUCACACGUCACUCACGCUGGAGAUGGCGCCGGUGACGCGCAAGAAGGAGAGGGAGUACCUAGGCAUGUUCGAGUACAAGAUACAGGACGAGGCUGUUAUUAUCAAGAAGUUGAUUACAGACCUAAAGCCGAAAGUGGCGGUGGCACUUCUCCCGGGGCUGCCGGCGUACAUCCUGUUCAUGAUGCUGCGGCACAUGGACCACGUGGACGACGAGCCCAAGAUGCACCAGCUGAUGAAGGCUGUCCGCACCGGCGUCAAGAAAACCCUCAAGAAGCGGAUCGACAGCAUAGAGUACAACGCUCUUUGGCUCGCGAAUAUGUUAAGAUUACUGAACAACCUGCGUCAGUACAGCGGCGACGCGGUGUACCAGGCGACGAACACACCGCGCCAGAACCAGCAGUGUUUGCGCAUCUUUGACUUGUCCGAAUACAGGCAGGUGCUUAGCGACAUCGCCGUCUGGAUAUACCAGGGUCUGAUCCACCUGCUGGAGCGGCAGCUGGAGCGGCUGAUCGUGCCGGCGAUCCUGGAGCACGAGGAGAUCAGCGGGCUGUCGGGCCCGGGCGGGCGCGCCGCGCCGCCGCCGGGCGCGGGCGCCGGCCCCGCGCGCCUCAAGCACGAGCUCUCCGCCGUGCACGACCACCUGCACACCUACGCCGUCGACCAGCCCUUGAGGGUCACUAUAUUCAAACAGCUGUUCUACUACAUCUGCGCGUACAGUCUGAACCAGUUGCUCCUACGCAAAGACCUGUGCUGUUGGGCCAAGGGCCUGCAGAUCAGGUACAACAUCUCCCACCUGGAGACCUGGAUCAAGGAACACCUCGCCGAGUACGGACAGAAAAGCGUUGAAGAGGUUCUGAGCGUGUUGCGGCCGAUCACGCAGGCGGUGCAGCUGCUGCAGGCGCGCAAGUCCAUGCAGGACGUGCAGAGCACCGUCGACAUGUGCGACUACCUCACCGCCAUGCAGGUUUGCAAGAUCCUGAACAUGUACACGCCGGCGGAGGAGUAUGAAGUGAAAGUGACGAGGGAGUUCAUCCACGAGAUACAGAAGAAGAUGCAAGAGAGGGCCGGCACCAACGCCGACAAGGAACCGCAAAACCUCCUGAUGGACUCGAAGGUGAUAUUCUCAGUGCAGUUCCCGUUCAAUCCGUCUCCGAUACGGCUGGAGGCCAUCGAGUUACCAGAAGUGCUGGGGCUGGACGGACUCCUCACCAAGAUAUAAAGCCUAGAGCAUACAUUGAUGUGGUAUAGCGUUCGGUACACAAUACCGCUUAGGGUCGGCAUAAUAAUGUUUUUUUUUAACAUGUCUCUUGUGUUCAGAUCAAAAGUCUUUCUGUCCUUUUCUCUCUUUAGUUCUUUCUUUAUUUAAUGCUGUUUUUUUUAUUCGCGGUAUUGAACGCCGUGCGUUGGAAUGUUGUUGUGAUUCCAAUAUUAAAAGUCAUUACUGUUACAUAAGCAAAAAUGUAAGUUUUUAAGCAUCCAUGGUUGCUAUUAACAAUGUUUGACGAAAAGGAUUUAUUAUUUGAUUUUCAUCAACAUUCAUGUGUUAUGGCAAAUGUACUUAAAUUUGUUAUAAAAAAUCAUAAUAAACUAUUAAUGUUAUCGCAUACGCUUCGUCUAAAGGGUUUUGGAUCUUGUGUACUUUUCAUUUAUGUACUUAAAAAAAUGUGAAAAUACACAAAGGGAGUAUUAUAAUAAUAUCUGUAUUUAGAAAGUAUUGUGUUUAUAAAAGUAGUUGUGAACGAUUACUGAUAAAUUAUGCAAGUAUUCGAUUAUUACAAUAUCUCGAUUGUAACAUUAAUGUGCAUCUUAAUCGACAUUUUAUAUCGAAACUAAUUAGUUUUAAAAGCCCGUUAAUUUUGUUAUUAUCUUUUUGUGAUAAUGUUAUAUUCAAUUUAAUCAAUAAUAUUUAAUUAUUACAAAUCAAUUUUUUGAGUCCUGUCUCUAGGACGAACAGCGUUUCUAAUAUUUCACCGCCUAAAUGCUCUUAUCAGCGAAUCUAUAAAGGUUAGUAUCAGUACGCGUACCUUAAUUAGAUCAGUGUGAAGUUAGUAACAAACGGUAUUGUAGCUUGUUAGAAUGAAAGGUGUAAAGGCAGGUAAGUGACUAACUUCCAGAUAUUUAGAGCUACUUUUUUAUUCAAGGAUGUAUAAGUCAAUGAAAAUCACAUUCGACUGCCGGAAGUUCUUAACUCUUCUUCAGAGUUCUGGAAUAUGGUAGAGUUAACACAAUUUCUAAUCUUGUUGCUCACGAUUCCCGUCCUUGUAGGGUGUCCAUUCCAAAA